GGUUAUCAACCAAAGGACAUUUUUAACAUGGAUGAAUGUGGACUGUUUUUCAAUCUUUUACCAGAUAAAACUUUUGCCUUUAAAGGUGAACCCUGUCAUGGCGGAAAAAACAGUAAAGAACGUUUGACAAUUUUAGUUGGGGCCAGUAUGAAUGGUAUAGAAAAAUUACCGAUUUUAGUUAUCGGUAAAUCGAAAAAACCAAGAUGCUUUCGAAAUGUUAAGUCACUGCCUUGUGAUUAUGACAGUAAUCAAAAAUCCUGGAUGACAAUUAAAAUUUUUGAAACGUAUUUGAAAAAAUUAGACAGUAAGAUGCGAAAAGAAAAACGAAACAUCAUAAUCUUCGUAGACAACUGCGCUGCUCAUUCCAAGGAGAAUAAGUACACUAACAUCAAGUUGCAGUUCUUACCACCAAAUUCUACUUCUGUUCUACAACCAAUGGAUCAGGGAGUUAUUAAGGUAUUUAAGCAGCAUUAUAAAAUGCGACUUGUGAAACGGAUGCUGGAAGGACUUGAAAAUACUGAAGAGUUAAAAAAAACAUGGGAAUCAAUAACACCAUCUGCGAUUGCUAAUUGCUUUCAAAAGGCUAGAUUCUCUGACGGAGAUACAACUGAAGAGUAUGACUUUGAAGCAGAAUAUAAAUUGUCAGAUGAUGAAACAAAUGAAAAUUUUGAUAAUGAUUGGAAAUCGCCCCAAAAUAAGCUUAAUUUCACUGCAUCGUUUAAAGAAUAUGUAUCGGUUGACGACGAAAUUUUACCUUGUGAUGUGCUUACAUUAGAGGAUAUUUGUGAAGUUAAAAAUGGCACAGAAGAACUGAGCGAAGCUGAAGAAAACGUUACUAAACUUUCUAGUUUUUCUGAAGCCAGAAAAGGGGUGGAUACUUCUCGAAAAUUUAUUUACAGUAUUGAAAAUGUGCCUUCUGAAAUGUUCAAAUAUUUACAGAAGUUGGACAAUUUUCAAUUGCAAUGA